UUUGUUUAAUUGCAAUAACAUCGGUUUUACAUUACAGUUGUAAGCGUAAAACGUUCAUUUUUAGGAAGUGGAAAGUGUUCUGAGGAUAGAGAUAUCAGUAAUAUAAUUCAUCCUGUAAAAAACCACGGAAUUAGAUAAGAUUAUUUAAGUCCGUGACAAAAACCGUUCAGUUGGAGAAUAUUAACAGCAAAUUCAUGUUGUACAACACGUAAUGAAAACGCCAAAAACUUGUAUCAUUCAACAAAUAAAUGACCCAUCAAACAAAUAAUAUAUGUUAUAAAAAGGUUAUCACUUACAAAUACGACACCCGGUAAAAACUUAUGUUGAGAGAGUAAAAUUAUACCAGGCAAAAGUGGCCGAUAAGGUAAACCGGAAGUAUUAUUAUUGCGACUUGAGUUACUGCAGGCCAGCUUGACGCCAUUCAACACGCGGCGAUUCAUUGGAAAGCGUUUGCUACUACUGCAGAUAACAUAUAGCUAUACAGGAAAAACAAUGCCAAAGCGAUCAUUGGCACAGGAGGCAGGUGGCUCGGAGGGAAAGAAGUCCAAAAAUGCAAAAAUCACAGUCAACAAGCCGAAGAAUUAUUCCAAGCUUAUUGACCAGUCAACAAAUUUUGAGACAACUGAACUGAAUUUUUCUGAGAAAAUUCCUUCCAAAAACAAGAACAUUCAAUUAGAAUUCCCUGACUGGCCGGAUUUCCGACCCAAUAUGACUCCAAAAGAAGUUCUGCAGGCUGGAAGUUUCGGAGGAACAUAUUUUCGUUCAAUUAAGUCUGGUGCAACAGGUAAAAGUUACUCUGGUGCAGAGGUUUACAAGGAGUUUCCUUCUGACUGGUUUGAGGGUCUUAACAUUGCCAAACAGGUGACCAAUGCUACAUACCGCAAUGAGGUGAACACUUACAAGGUCAAAUGCGGAGGGAGCUUGCAAAUGUGGGAGGAGAGUGAUUGGAUACACAAGCAAGAUCCGUAUGGCUGGUUCCAUUGGUAUUGUAGGUUUUAUCUGGGCAGACGAACGCCUGAUGACGAAAGACAGGUUGGUCGUUGGCUGCGGUGUGCAGGCGUGACAGGACGUUGGAGGAACAACCUUAUAUCCAAGUGUGUCAAGUCGGGGUGUGGCUACGACAACAGGGCAAUCUCACCAGUUGUCAGACAGACUCUCCAGCACUGGGGCUACAGGCUCAACAGUGACGACUUCAACGCUUAUGUCAAGAAGAAAGGACUCAAGUAGAAUAAAAAAAAGGAGAGGACUAGAUUUAGGACUUAAAAGGUGGGGGAUGUAACAUGUAGCCAUGAUGUUAUAAAAUACUACAUUUACAGAGAAAUUUCCAACACCGUACCUCUAGUAUAGGUUCUAGAGGUUCCAUUCGUUAUCCCUUGCUUGGAUACCAAGAAUGCAGGGCAAUUGAGGAAUAAGGGAAAACUAACAGUAAUAUUCAAUCGCAACAAGCUCGGUUAGGUAGGUAUAUUUAUUAGAAUGUGUAUAUCAGUUUCGCCCGAACAGUGGGCUUCAGGACAAUAAUGAUGAAUUUUAUCCCUAAGGUACUAAAAAUGUGGGCUCUUUUUCUAUUGUUACAUGUGACUUCAUGCAAUAUAUGUCGCAUGAUCUUAUCAAGUAACGAUUACUUUACGUGUACCAUAGUGUACCAUAGUGUUCCAUAGUGUUCCAUAGUGUACCAUAGUGUACCAUAGUGUACCAUAGUGUACCAUCAAUAGUGUUGUAAGAUAAACAUUUACAAAAUUAUCAUAAACUAGAUUUAGGACUUAAAAGGUGGGGGAUGUAACAUCGUCAAUUUGGGUUCAAAUUGUCCUUUUCCAACGUUAUUAACUUAUUGCAUAUAGGAUAAAUUAGACUAUAGGUUGCCCUUAUCAUAUAGUCCUUGGUUUCAUGAAUAAAACAUUAAAUAUUAAAUAGUAAUGAUAAACAUUGUUCAUCCAAGGCUAAAGUAGAAUCCGAUGCUGAUUUAUAUAUGAAGUUUUUGUGGGCCGGUCCAACUUUUCUAGUUCCUAUGUUACCCGGAACUUUACUUGAUCCAUGUGUUCCUUGGUUAGUGAUUCAAAAGGGUGUUUGUUUCCUGGUUUUUCUGCGUUCUGCUCGGAGGCGUCCUCCAGUACUUAAGGUUCCACCGUGCAUCCUGGAUGUUGUUUCGUUAGAUGACGGUUAUAGGUUUCCUUCCUCUCGACUGCUUGCACAUUUUGCACCUGUCUAAUUUUUUCAUGCUGGAGUAAGUUCUUCACCAUCAUACUAAUAAAUAUACUACCUAUCCCAAGCUUGUUGCGAUUGAAUAUUACUUUUAGUUUUACACAGAAUUUUUUGUCCUAAGUGAAAUAUUCACCCAUCCGUAAAAUCCAUAAUUUUGAUGGCAUUUCUGGCGAGCUUUUCACAGGGCUAUCGAAAAAGGCACAUGAAGCAAAUUUGAAAUCAAUUUCUUCAUUUGUUACAAUGCUGUCAUCGGGUGACAGGUUUUCACAGGCAAUGUGGGACCAUCCGAGACAGUUGGAACAUUGAAUAGUUUGUGUUUGAUUGUCCAUAUCAAUACUACACACGUCACAUGAAAGUAUGUUACUUUGAGCACUGUCGGUAUCGGGACCCUCUAGAUCUAGUGUCUCUGUAGCUUGUUAAGUUGUGAGUAUGGCUGGUCACUUUGAACGCUAACAUUCGCUCGCUAGGUAAGGUGUGUUCAGCGGUGCAUAUCUCAUUAUCAGCAACUCUAUUCUUACUAUACAUUGCAGAAAUGCUAGUUCAGGGCCUCCACUUUCUGAUUUGCAUACCCUUAACCUAGAUGAACAGCUCUUAAAGGGUUAAGAGGAAGUUAAUGUUUAAAGAAGAAAAAAACACGGUGCAGUGGGACAGGGAUUAUCAGGGAUUAUCAAAAACAAAUGUAGUGAAAAGUUACUGCAAUAAACUUUCACACCAU